GCUGCUCUAUAAACUGACCGUCGCGCGCGCCGCCAUUACAGAGACGGGAGGAUGAGGAUGAUGGUGAGGAUGAGGAUGAUGAGGAUGAUGAAGACGGUGAGGAUGAACACAGUGCCUGUUUUUCUUUUUCUCUCCAUCACAACUGCACUUUUACACCAAGCACAGGCCUUUCCUACACCUGCAUCACAAGAUAAAGCAGAGUAUGACAGGCAGCUAACUGAGGAGAGACCGCUACAGCAGCAGAUUGCAGAAGUCGACAGUGAAAGUAAGACAGAGCCGAAGCCCACGCAGCCAUCUGAGUUCAGUCCAGAUGACGAUGACAUCACACUGCUGAAGUCUCUGGCUGAGAAGUCCAGAGAGCUGAACAACGAAACACCAAAAUCAGACUCGACAGACGAUCAUUACACACGCGACGAGACCGAUUCCACCAAGAACAGGAGGCUUGCAGACGACUACGACACCACCAAGAACGGCAUCGACAACAAAUACCAAGAUGAUCCAGAGAGCUUGCACCAGCUGGAUGGAACUCCACUCACGGCUGAGGAUAUUGUCCAGAAAAUCGCCAACAAAAUCUACGAAGAGGAUGACCGUGGAGUCUUCGACAGAAUCGUCUCCAAACUCCUCAAACUUGGACUGAUUACUGAAAGUCAGGCUGACACUCUGGAGGUUGAAGUUGCUGAAGCUCUGCAGGAUCUGAUCACCAAAAACGCCAAGAACAAUGAGAUCCAGGAAUUGAAUGACAACAUGGAUGAGGAGGAUCGUCCCAGUCGUCAGUUCGAUGAUGAAGAUGAUAACGUUAAUGAUGAUGAGGAUGAGGAUGGUGAUGAAGAGCAGGAGGAGGAGAUCAGAGAUGCUGAUGGAAACUGGGAUGGAGUGAGUGAAGGAAAUGACAGGAAUGAAGUGAACCCUGAGGAAGAACUGCAAGACCUGCAGUAUUUCCCCAACUUCUACAGACUGCUCAAGAGCCUGGACUCAGAGCAAGACGCUGAGGAAAGAGAGACUCUCAUCACCAUCAUGAAGACACUCAUUGACUUUGUGAAGAUGAUGGUGAAAUACGGCACCAUCACACCUGAGGAGGGCGUGUCCUACCUGGAGAACCUGGACAACAUGAUCGCCACCCAAACCAAGAACAAGCUGGGGAAAGCGCUGGGUCCCGUCAGCAUCACGCCCCCUACAGUGACAGACGAGGACGACAACACAAAAGAGGAAACGGCCAAAAUGCUGAGGGAAUACGAGAACCUGAAGGACUCAACCAAGAACGAGAGAACGCCAGCGGAGAACGGUCACGCAGGAAACUCAGAGUCGUAUCUGGAGGCGAUCAGGAAGAACAUCGAGUGGCUCAAAAAGCACAAUAAAGACGAGAACAAAGAAGAUUAUGAUCUGUCCAAGCUGAGGGACUUCAUGGACCAGCAGGUGGACACGUACAUCGAGAAGGGAAUCCUCAAGAAGGAUGAAGGCGACAUCAUCAAGAGGAUCUACGGAAGCCUGUAGGACGCAGUGUAUUUAUCGCGUAAUCAUUUACAAUCAUAAUUUAUUCGACUGGCAAAAUUAGUCUGAUGCGUUCCGUCAUGAAGUAGCUUUCCAAAUUAAACAAAAGAAGCUAAACAUUUUAUUAGCACUAAAUUAAUAUCUCAAAACGCAAUACAUACAAAACGCAAAAUAAUCAGCAAUAGGUGAUUAGGCUUGUAAGGAUAAAAUACGCGUAAGAUACAAUAAUCUGAAGUGUAAGAUAUUUACGGUUUAUAGUUCGAUCGUAGGAAGCAACUCUGAAUUUCACACUGACUCUUACACUUUCAUGUUAGCACUACCAUUUUUUUCCCCUUUUCUUUUCAGAAACAACCUUUUUGUAUUCAUGUUACAUUAUGUGUCUGUACAGCAGCGUGAUAUGUACCGUAUUUUCCUGGUUAUAUCAGAAACUAUACGAUAAAGUCACGAUAAGGGAAAUGUUAUGAUUAGCUUGCUGGUUAAAUGGGCUAAUGCUAGCAAUGCACUUGUGGCAGUUGUACCUUGAGAUACUGUAUAUAGAAGGUAUUUGUAAGUUACACUUUUACGAAUUUAUAUUGGAAUGUUAGCCAUCAAGCUAGCUACUUUACAGUCACAGCUACUAUAAAAACUCUGACAUAUGCGUAAUAAUAUCGAGAUACUGCUUUACGAUUUGCGUUAGGCUGAUUUUUCUUUUACGCAUUUGUCAGGGAUUUUGACAGUAGCUUGAUAGCUAAUAUGUUACCAUGGAAACCUGUAAAAAUGUAACUGCCGAAUAAUGUGUCACAUAGAAGUAUUUUAUAAGUCUAUUACUGUACCUCAAACUAAAACUACCAGAACAUUAGCUACGGACUGAGCUCGGAUCAUAGCUCGAAACUAACAUUACCCUAUUUAUAAAAAAUAAUAUAAAGUGGAACUUUUAGUUUAGGAUGUCAUAUUUAUUAAAGUCAAACCUAAACCAGAUAAACUAUUAACUAACCAGUUAACUAACUGCUAGAAAGCUAGAAUUUUUGGUAUCUUGAGCUACAGCCUCAUUUUCUUUCCGAUCUAUUUAACAACAGCCAGUCCUGUUAAAGUAUAACAAUGUUACCAUGACGACCAUGUUCAGCAUUAACAUUAGGUAUGUUUGCUAGCUGACUAGCUUUGCACUCAGUUACCAUGUAGUCAUCCUUAGUGACAUCAUUGUUGUUUUUUAUUGUAAUUCCAAAGAGGACAAACACUAAGCUAGACGACACCACCAGGGGGCACUGAAGUGCCAUUUUCCAGGAAGUAAAAUACAAUGACGAUGAUGCUGCUUUGUUUGUUUUUUGUUAUAACUAAUACUCCAGGAAAUACGGUACUCUGUAUUAGCAUAAAGCUAGCAUUUUAUCUGUGUUUGAUUUCAGAUUUUAACAAACUAACUACAAUAAUUUCCUGAUUUUCUCUGCGACUCUUGAGCGAUUUGUGUUCCUGUUUCUUAAUUUUCCCUCUUGCUUGUGGAUUAUCUAACCUCGUCUAACACAAUCGAGUAUUUUUCACUGUAAAUACUGCGAUUUCUUCUCUUUUUUCCAGAAUUGCGAAUAAACGUUGCAUUUCUUUUAAA